UGCGCAUCAUCUCCUCGCAGUUAUAUACUUUCAGGGAAAUGUUAUCACCAUUUUCUAUAAGCUGGCUAUGUUCUGCUGAACAAAAUUAAAUUUUAACCAUUGUCAUGGCGGAAAAGUAAUAUACAAAGUAAAAUGUAUAGUUUCACAAGGAUACAGCGUGUUUUUGUUUCAGUCAUGUUGGCUUCUUUCAGUGGCGCGCUCGAUGAGCGGUCUGUGUCAGUUGCCUUGAAUGGUCCUUUGAAAAAUUUGUGUAUUUUCAAUGAAAAACUCUACAUUGGAGGUACCAAUAUGAUGUAUGUGCUAAACAAAGAUUUGAGCAUGAAUCAUUCAGCCAACACGUGCAGUAGAUCAACGAUUCUAUGCGGUAACGUGAAUCAAGUGUUACUGGUGAAUGACAAAAGGAAAGAACUGCUAGUAUGUGGAACAGGCAAAGGUGGAAUAUGUGAAGUCAGAAGUACAGAGAAUAUUGGAAUCAUUCUCAGGAACAAUACUUGGAUACAUGCACCACUAAAGGUUUCUACGGAUCGAAGUCGUCCUGCGCAAGGUGUUUUGACAAGAGAUGGGAGCGUUACGUUAGCCGUUACGUUUGGGAAAGGAAUAGUUGCAAGCACAUCAAACUUUGGGUACCUUUCAUACGAGUAUGCUAUAAGCACAAGAAGUUUCAUAGACUUUGAACCAUUAAGUCAACGCGGUACAAAAGGUCUUUUCACGGUUAUAAAGAAUGCAAGUUUACAUGACUAUAUUAUCUAUUACAAAGCAGGGUUUCAGUACAACUGGUAUACCUAUUUUGUGACAAACCAAAAGAAAUACGUUGGACACACCAAAUAUGUAUCAAAACUUGUCAGAAUUUGCCAAAAUGACACAGACUUUAAGUCAUACACAGACAUAGUGAUUAGUUGUUUACACAACGGUACUGAAUACAAUCUGAUCCAAGAGGCAGUGAUAUUGGAAGUCCCUGAUUCUGUCGCAUUCGCGGGCUCAGACAGGGUUUUUGUUGGUGUGUUUACACGAGGAAACGACCCUACCAAACCUUCUGGUGACAGUGUGUUUUGUGUGUCGAAGCUUAAAGACUUGGAUAAUGAGAUUUUACAAGCCAAAAAGAUACAUGCGUUUUCAUGUAAAGUUCAAGAUCCGUCUGAAAGAUAUCUGCCAGACUUAAGGUCUACGCCCAACUGCGUCAAUGAAAAGCAACAUAAAUUCCAUGACUAUAAUUUUUCCUGUGAAAAUCCGUAUCCGACCUUCUUCUACGUGAUAGGGAAUAUAACCUUUUCGAUGACAUCGAGAUAUCUACUACACGCAGAGAAGGGUUCUGUUACAGCACUAAACGGAGCCAGAAAUGCUAAAGGAAACAUUGUGAUAAUUGCCGGAACAUCCACUGGACAUAUAGUUCAGAUGACAAUGGAAAGCCUGGAAUCUCCUCUCCAAGUGAUUAGCACAGCAAAUGUGAGAAAGUCUAUAAAGCGUGUGCACAUACAAGAUGACGAUACGAUUUAUGUGAUGAGCAGUAAAAAUGUGUUCUUGUUCUCACGUUCCAACUGCUCUGAGUAUACCACGUGCUCCGACACAAUGACCGGCCGAAAUCCACUGUGUGGUUGGUGUGUCUACAAACAAAGAGCAACAAGACAAUCUAACUGUUCAGAUGAACCAAAUCAUUGGUUGUCCUCAAUACGCGACUGCGUAUCUCGGAUGCACGUGACGCCGUCUAAUAUACCUGUAAACGUCUCCAGUAACACAAACGUUACCUUGACGUUGACACUAGAAAACUUGCCGAAACCUCGUACAGAGGACGUAUACCAAUGCAGACUCAUCAAUGAAAUACCCAGCAUUGGAACUGACAUACAAGCUGAGCGGAAUGGGAGUGUAUUUUCGUGCACUUUACCAUUUGUUAAAGAGCACGUUGAGGCAACAUUAGCACUUUCAGUCCAAACGGCUUCUAAUGAGCAUAUAGUGCUUUCUAAAACGAACAUUUUGUUUUUCGAGUGUGCACGAUUGAACAGAUGCCGUGACUGUAUCGGGAGAUCAAAGCAACACUGUGAUUGGUGUACAGACGAAGCAAUGUGUCUGCCACAUGGAUCACCAUGCACUGCCGAUUUGAGAUCUUCAGAAGACACAUGCCCCCAAUUAUUAGACACAAGAGGGCAACAUUUUGUACAUGCCGGUGUAUUGACCACUGUACCCUUUCGCGGAAUACAUAUUCCAGCGUCCAUAACUGCAAACCAGUACACAUACACCUGUAAGAUGCCGUCCGGUGCAGUAUCUUCCACGGCUGCUGCUUUCAACAACUCCAUAUUCUGUAGCGUCAAUUUACAACAAUCGCCAGAUCAGCCAAAACAAGACCAGAAAAUCAGAAUCUACUAUGGUGCGAAAGGUCAAAAAGCAUCUGAUAUAGAUGACGAGUUUGCAAAUUUCGUUACAGUUUACAACUGCACUCGGUUGGCCAAAGACUGUAGCCACUGUAGAGCUUUGAACAAAACAAGAUAUAACUGUGAAUGGUGUGUCAACAAGAACCUAUGUGAAUAUAGACAUGAAAACUACACCACGGCAACGUGUCCUGCUCCUACCAUUUCCAUGAUGGUACCAAGAGAUGGACCGGUGACGGGUCAUACAAAGAUUACUGUUUAUGGUUCCAAUCUUGGCUCGAACCUGUCGGACAUAGACAGUGUACAGAUAGCGGAUAUUCCCUGCAAAUUGAGUGAUGAUGUUACACAGUUUCUUGUCACAGACUAUGGAGAUUUUGAAACAAGUGUACCAAAUCGGCUUGUUUGCUAUACCGGGUCAACUGUGAACGAGACAACAGGGGCUCUUAAUGUUACAGUGAAUGGAAAAACAACAAUUACAACUGAUACUUACUCUUAUAGGAUCCCAGCUGUUGGAGAUAUUGUACCGAAGUACGGACCAAAGGCUGGAGGGACACGAGUAACUAUAUACGGCGAGAAUCUAGGAAUUGGUAACAGACACAUCGGUUUAUUGCUCGGGGGCAAGCACUGCCUUAAACCGGAAGUCAGGCCAGAUAUACCGCGAGAAACUGUAUUUUUAGGUACUUUCACAAUUGUUUGCACUGUCGCUGGAGAAUACAGUGGUAAUAUCACGACAGUCACAUUAUCUAUCGACGGCAAAACGGUUGUCUCGGAAGCAUCUGCAUCUUUCAGAUUUGUCACUGACCCAACUCUACAUCCCAUAUCGCCAAAGAAGGCAUUCUUAAGUGGUGGAACACAAAUAUCUGUCGAGGGUGUGCAGCUGGACAAUGCCCAUGAUGCAAGAAUAACGUUAUCGUACGGACACGUGACCGAGAUUGGGGACUGCAUUAUACAGUCGGAGAGUUCGGCAAUAUGUAAGGCCCCAAGAGCACCUCAGAGUCUGAAGGAAGAGUUACUUAAUAUGGAGAAUACGUAUAAAUUGUCAGAAUACAUCAAAGUAACAUCUAUUCUCCACUUGGACAACAUUCGAGAAAAUGUUGAAAUAUCUUACUAUCAGGAUCCGUCUAUAGACAAUCUUCGGGCAGACAAUAACGUCGUACAAAUCGAAGAAGACGAUCGGCAUCUGAGAAUUAAAGGUAACAGGUUGAACAAGGUUGCUACUUUAUUUGAUAUCAACAUAACAGUGGGAGUUGAACCGUGUGUGUUAGUAAAAUUGACUUCAUCAUAUAUAACCUGCAUUGCGCCUAAAACUCAACCCGAAUGUGGAAUAUCUCAUGCUGAAUACCCAGAAGUUAAUGUAACCAUUGGAAACAUACAUAAGAUGAUUGGGUAUGUACAGUACAAAGGAAGCACAGACUGGAUCAGCAGUCCUGUUGUGCUGCUGUCUGCUGCAGGGAUAGCUGCAGUUCUCAUUCUUAUCAUUUCAAUAGCCACUAUUUUGAUCUGUCGGCAGUACAGAAGAAUGAAAAGCAGACUACGACAUCUAGUUAAACAGAACAGCUUAAAUGAGAAUUCAGAUAUAAUACGAUUAAACAGGAUGGCACCUACCUUCGACUGUUAUGAUAAGCGCAUGGAAUACUCCGAUCUCUACUCGGACAUUAGAGAAUCUGGUGUGGUUGACACCUACAACACACUUACCACAGACGACCAAGUUUCCCAGCAUUCCCUGGCCGAGCACCUGCGAGACACCUCCCAGCAUCCCCUGGCCGAGCACCUGCAAGACGAUAGUCUGCGUUCACAUGAUUCUUUACGUGCAAAGAACAAGAUAACAGUAGAAAUUCAGCUAGAGGGAGCGACGGCGACGGAUGUAACCCUUGUACCUAAAAUGGCUGAUGAUCGAUCGUACUUGCAUGCAGUUAACUAUGGAGUGGGAACAAUGGAGCGCAAAUGAGUCAUAUGAGCUUUGACUUUCAUACUAAAAAGAAUACAUGUACAUCUCAUUGUAUACCUGUCAGAACAUACCCUCCAGCGAUAACUUACUACAGUUAGCGGCUGUGCAAUAUUAGCAUCAGUUGUGUAUUUAUCCGCUAAGUAAAACCGUUCUAACUCCUUUUUUCGCAAAAACAAUACGUUCCUGGAAUGCUCCCCUGUUGUGCCUCCUGAAGCAUACGGGGUAGUGGGCGGUUCUAAAUUUUCAAAACGGAUUAUUUGAUUGGAUUUUAGAAAUCGUGCGGUCUUGUGCCAAAUAAAUGAUGUUCACGUUAUUAUAUUCCGUAAACAUUUUAUUCUAUAUUGUUAUCAACGAAUAAAAAAUCUACAUGAUCA